AUGUAUGGGGCGACUUUGCGCGUCCUGGUUGGCCUCCGAAUAGUCUGGGGACAGCACCUUAUCUCUUUGACUUCUAAUUCUACCUUUGGACCAGGGAAAAGCACAUUAGCUUGUACUUUGGGCAGAGACUUGCAUGGUAGGGGAAAGCUCUCUUACAUCCUUGAUGGAGAUAACCUCAGACAUGGGCUAAACAAGGAUCUUGGCUUCAAAGCAGAAGAUCGUGCAGAAAAUAUACGUAGGGUUGGUGAGGUAGCUAAGCUCUUUGCUGAUUCAGGCUUGAUCUGUAUUGCUAGCCUGAUUUCUCCUUACAGGAGAGACCGUGAUUCUUGCCGUGCACUGUUACCGGAGUCUAGUUUUAUUGAAGUUUUCAUGAACAUUCCUUUAGAGAUUUGUGAAGCAAGGGAUCCAAAAGGCCUUUACAAGCUUGCUCGUCAAGGAAAGAUAAAAGGUUUCACUGGAAUAGAUGAUCCAUAUGAGACACCUUUGAAUUGUGAGAUAGAGAUCAAGCCAGAAGAUGGGGUAUGUCCACCUCCAGCUGCCAUGUCAAGCCAAGUUGUUACAUUCUUGGAGGAAAGGGGCUUUCUGCAUGCUUGAUGAGAUAUGGACCUGUCACAAGAAUUUCCAGAAAAUAAUAAUUAACAGUUUUCUAACCAAUCAAUAUUUACCUUUUAACCAUAUGGGCUUUAUUCAAUUGUUUGUCUUCAGUAACUAUAUUUAUCAAUUUAUUUACUAAAAAUAUAUUCUUAUAAGUUCUGGAUUAUGUAUUUGUCUGCUUCUCUGGGAAAACAUCUUUCUUUCAUUUGGUUCCCAUGUAUUAUGAAAUUUAAAGUCAAGCGGAUUCUCCUUUAGCUA